UGCAGAAAAAAUAUAUUGAUGAACUGCAGCUCUUUAUGAACAGCGGCUUUCAAACUGCAAUCAAGCUGACCAGAUUUUCUGAGAACAAUUCCUAUUCUUCAUUGCUGGAUGAAAGAGGGCACAAUGAUACUCAUGAUAUUUCUCGCAGUCAGGAAGAAAGCAACUGUCCUAGAGUGGCAUCAAAAUUUAUGAGAAUUCCACUGUCUCACGUGGAUGAUGAUGGAAAUGACAGAAAGAAAUCCACCAGUCUCGAGAAAUUCCCUUUAGAUCCAUUGGAAUCUGCUUUUGGUGAGACUUGGAGAAGUAUGCCUUUCCAUGAGGUAAAGAAGUCAUUCUCUUCUCUCACUGAUAAAUUAUUGGCAAACUGUGUAAAUAGUGAUCCAGGAUUACAUGGAAUGGAUGACUCUAUUUCGGCAUUGAAUUCAAGCACAAUUUUUGGAGACAACCUUUGGAAUGUGCCACAGAAUUCCAGGAGCUGCUCACUUUCUAUCCUGGAUAAGAAUUAUCCUGUCCAUCAAUGUAAGGAUACUGCACGAUCAUACAGUGAUAGUAUAUUGAGUGAACAUGUGACUAAGAGAAAAAAACAAAAAACAGGCUUUCCUGCUACACUUGGAAACAACCUAGAGGCAGAAGUCUCAGACAUUGACAAGCUGCAGGGGACGAAGGAAACAGAGUAUCUUAUUAAAGAGAAUCUUAAAAUCAGUCAAGUUGGUGAACUUAUUACACCGAGUACCAAAAGUGAAAGCUGUAUAGAGAUCAAAGCAAAGGAAACAAAAACUCUAGAAGAAGAUAAUGCUGAAACAAAGAACACAACUUUUUCUACCAGUCAAUCAAAAUUUAUCUUGAAUAAUAGUAAUAAUGGAAGACUGGAUAUUAAUGUUGCAGUGUCAAAAACCAGUGAACUGAACAGUAGUAAGAUAAAACUUCCUAAGUCUGCCUGUCAUGUGGAAAAUUUAGAUCAGGAUAGGAAGGAGAAAUGUAGUUCCCAGCACUUUGGCCAAACAGCACGAAACAGAAGAACCUUUGUGGUGGAGCCAAAUUGUAUAAAUAAUUGCACAACACAAGAAAUUGAAAAGGGAAUAUUCGUGGAAAAAAUGAAGAAUUUGGAAAAUCAAUCCAAAAGUCCAGAGUCUAGAUCAUUAACCAAUGAAAUUCAACAAAAUGAGAAAAAUUGUAGUUUUAGUAUAAAAUGCCCUAAUAAGACAAAAAAUUAUAGAAAAACCAUUGUGCUACAUCCAGGGCCUUCCAGUGAUAGGAAUGAUUGUGCUUCUUUUCAACAUAGUAAAGAAAAGACAGGCUUGGAAAACUUAGAUAGUUUAGGAAGACGAUUCCAAAGACCAGAGUCUAAUUCAUUAAACAUUGUGAAUACAGAACAUUCAUUUGAUUUCCAGAAACAAGCUCCUAGUCAAGAAGCUAUUUCAGACCUAAAUGUAAAGCGUAAAUCAAAGAAGAAGGUGUAUGAAAAUAAUGGAUCCCAUAGAUUAAGUGAGAUGGAAGAACAGAGUUUAGAUAAUAUAGAUUCGGACCUUCCACAAUCAGAAAUUAAAAAGAAAAAACAUAGAGAUAAAAUAAUGAAUUUUGAUAGGGAUAUCAUACAGAGAAAACAUUCCAGUGCCAAUGCAGAUGUGCUUGAUUUGAAAGAAAAAGCUCAAAAAGUCAGUAAAAAAAAGAGAAGUAAAUCAAAAUGUACACCAUUUGUAUUUUCAAUUUCUUUGGAUGAUGAAGAUAACUUUUUUGAAGGAAGUAAAGUAGUCAAAAAGAACUGUGAAACCUCAAGCACCCUAAACAGUUGCCCUUUAACUAAAACAAGUAGCCAUUCAGAGAAGACAAACUGGACUGCCAACAGCAAUGAGGCUGGCUUAAAGAAAAAAAUGACAACAUUUAGCAAGAAAAUAUGCGUUGUAAAUGAUUUGGGCAACAAAGGUAUUGAUUCUGAGCCACUCCUUCAAGAUCCAGAGGAAUAUGAAAUCACUCAAACCACUCGGACAAAAUGGAGUUUUCUCCAAGUUCCAGACUGUAGCACUUUGCAAAAGCCUAUUGUGGAUACCAAGACCUUGCCUUUAAAUUCUGAUUCUUCUUCAGUUGGCCUUUCUAAAAUCUCUAGCUAUGUUGAAAUCCAGAAAAGCCCAGAAAUAGAUUGCGCUUUGUCAAUAACCUCAACUGUCUUCAAGAAAAAUAUUAAGCAACUUGAAACUUCUGGAAAAGAAGAGAAGCAGCCGAUACAAGCCAUUCCAGAAACAAGUUCAGAAAAUGCAGCCCUACAACAAAAUGGGAACAAAGUACUGAAAGAUUUGACUAAUUCCAUUCCUCUUGAAACUUCUCCAAUAUAUCCAAGCCGGCGAAGAAAAAGGGAUGUUUCCUAUGCAGAGCCUAGCCUGAAUAGAAAACUGAGGCGUGGUGAUCCCUUUACAAUGACUGACUUCCUCAGUUCCCCCAUCUACAAAACAAAAAAGAACUUGACAAAAGGAACUAAAAUGUCCAGGAAAACCAAGAACAUCAAAAAAGGAAAUUCAGCUUAGAUUUGGUGAUUA